AUGGAUAUUUAUUCUUCCAAACUUUCUCCUGCGGUGGAUUAUGGAGCCGGUUCCUUUCUGCUGCUGAUAGCAAUUUUGUCCAUUGUGGGGAAUCUCCUGGUCCUUUUCAUGGCAUAUAAGAGAUCAUCUCAGAUGAAGCCCACAGAGCUCCUCAGCGUGAAUCUGGCAGUGACAGAUCUUGGUGCAGCAGUGUCUAUGUACCCUCUGUCUGUAGCUUCAUCGUGGAACCAUUCCUGGUUAGGGGGUGAUGCCACCUGUAUUUACUAUGGCUGGAUGGGGUUCUUCUUUGGAGUAGCCAGCGUAGCAACCCUGACAAUCAUGGCUAUAGUGCGCUUCUCUGCAUCUAGAACGCUACAGUCUCAGUCGGAGAAAAUUAAUAAAAGGACGGUGCAGAUGCUUUUGGCAGGCACGUGGCUAUAUGCAUUCUUAUGGGCUAUAUUUCCAUUGAUCGGUUGGGGCAUGUAUGGCCCUGAGCCCUUCGGCCUGUCCUGCACACUGGCCUGGGCAGAAAUGAAGGAGCACAGCCCAUCCUUUGUUAUCAGCAUGUUUACUAUGAACCUGGCCAUCCCAGCCAUCAUCAUCGUUUGCUGCUACUUUGGCAUCACCCUCCAACUCCACUUCUCCUACAAGUCUCUACAGAAUGUCAUCAUCAUCCAGAAAAAAGUUAAAAUGCAGCGCCGACUCAUGUUGAUUGCUAUUCUAAUCAGCGCUGGUUUCAUUGGUUGUUGGACUCCCUAUGGGAUAGUGAGUUUAUGGUCGAUCUACUCAACUUCUCCCAUCACUCCCUUUGUCAGUAUGUUGCCCUGCCUCUUUGCCAAGACUUCCACUGUGUACAACCCACUAAUCUAUUACACCUUUAGCAAGUCUUUUAAAAAGGAGGUGAAUCAGUUUCUAAAGGCAUGCAAUAAAGCCCAGGCAAGUCAUGGCUCUAAGUCAAAUAACCUCACAGAGAAUAAAAUCUACAUGGUGUGUGAAGAAACCACAGUCAAAGAAGAGCUACAGAUGGAGCAGUUGGUUGAAAAGCACUGA